UACCAAUUUACUAUACUUAGCUAGGUAGAGAGAGUGUAAAAGAAAAAAAAAAUUAAUUUAGAAUUGAAAAAACAGGAGGCAACAAUUCCAAAGUUAGUUACUGUUCAAUUUUAACUUGUCAUUGUAGUAUUUUAUUCUUAUCCAUUUAAAGUAGCGGUACUCAAUUUUUUUGACUUCUCUAUAAAAAGGAACACAAACACAACAGGAAAGAAGGAAAAACAAAACAAACAAAAAAGAAACUAGUCAAAGCAUGAUGUCUCAAAAGGCAAAAACUCCAAAUAUUCUUCUCAUCUUAAGCUUCAUAUUCUCAUAUUUUGCUCUAUGCAACUGUGAAUGCAAAUUUGCAGUAACAAAUGAAACCACAAAAAUCAGAGGAAUGUUUGUAUUUGGUAGCUCAUUGGUUGAUAAUGGGAAUAACAACUUCCUUGAAAAAUGUAAGGCAAAGGCAAAUCACUUGCCAUAUGGAGUAGAUUAUGUAAAAGGACCAACAGGAAGAUUUACCAAUGGGAAAAAUGUGAUUGAUCUUCUUGGUGAUCAUCUAAAGCUUCCAACAAUUCCUACAUUCAAAGAUCUUACAACUAAAGGGAACAUGAUUUUACAUGGUGUCAGUUUUGCUUCUGGUGGUUCUGGCAUUCUUGAUGAAACUGGUGCUGUUUCUGGGGAAGUGAUGAGCAUGAAUGAACAAAUCAGAAACUUAGAGAAUGUGACAGUGCCUGAGUUGGAAAAGCAACUUGGAUGCAACAGCAAAGAAGCACUGGGAAAUUACCUGUUCGUGGUGGGAACUGGAGGAAAUGACUUUUCAUUAAACUACUUCUUGAAUUUUCCACACAACAAUGCUACUCUUACAGCCUUCAUUUCUAAGUUGAUUACUGGACUCUCUCAACAGUUCCAGAGGUUGUACGACUUGGGAGCAAGGAAAUUUGUGGUAAUGUCAGUAUAUCCUAAUGGGUGCAGCCCAAUGGUUCUGGCUAGAGUUCCCAUUCCCAUGCGCACUGGCUGCUUUGAACCAGUAAAUGUGCCUUUACAUCUCUACAACACUAUCUUAAGGAGCUUUCUUGAUGAGCUAAUGCAAAAGAUGCCUGGUUCUAAGUUUGUCUAUGUCAAUGUCUACAAGAUCAUUAGGGAUGUCAUACUAACUCCUUCUCAAUAUGGUUUUGAUAAUACCAAAAAUCCUUGCUGUGAAGUUACAACCAUAGAGGAAGGUGGGAAUGAAACUUUGUGCAAAAAUGGAGGGCAUUCUUGUUCAAAUAGGGCCAAAUUUGUCUGGUUUGAUGGCUUGCAUCCCACAGAAGCUGUGAAUAUUGUGCUUGCUAACAAGGCCUUUGCUUCUGAUCUUGAUUGUGAAGUCCACCCUACAAAUAUUAAAAAACUCAUGGAAGAGUAAAUUGAUUAAUAUGGAUUCGUGUUCUUAUUGGUGUAGAAAUGUAUUUUAGAACGAUGGUUGCAAUAUGUAGGACCCAUUUUUUUUUUUUUAAGCUUAGCUAGAGCUUUUGGAAAUUUGGUGGUUAACUUCACAAGAGAUCUCUAUGUUAAAACUUAAGAGAUCGAUAGGAUAAAACAUACAAAUCAUUUUCUUGUUUUCAUAUUGUAAAUGGUUAUUUUGUAUAAUUUCCUCAUUCUGAAACUGCUAUGAGAUUUUGGUGGUAAUUAUGCUUGUAGUUAUAUGUCCCGUUUCACAAGAGAUCUCUAUAAGAGAUUGAUAAAAUAAAAUACAAGAAAUCUUU